UUGACGGUCACAGACAUGUCUGUGGAUGAGUUGAAUGGACGCACUUGUGACAUCAUACUAUCCAUUGAACCGAUGGCUGAUUCUAGUGGUGACGGAAGUGCUGGAGACACAGCCAUCCAUAAGAAUGGUCUGAAGGAGUGUUUGCGGGAUUGGCGACAACUGGUGCUGCGCUUGCAUUCAGUGCUCGUGUGGGAGGUGUCCGACGCCUGUCCUCUCGUCUUGUGGACAGUCGUGUCACUCGUAUUCUUUCUCAUCUGGUAUUUGGAUGUCUCGGUGUUGACCACACUGUCAGUGCUGGGAAUCAUUGGAUCAGUGCUUGAUUACGGACUUCCGAUACUCAACCAUAACUUCUUUAAUCCGUCCAAAUGGAGCGCAUCGGAUGAGACAAAGUUGGAGAAGAUUUGCGGCGAAUUGUGCGACAAUUGGAAAGUGAUUACCACUUCUUAUAGCCAAUGGCAGCGAAUGAAGACCUCAAACCCGAAGCUUUAUUACGCGGUGGUGUUGUCCUCCCUGUUAGGGCUGAGUUGGAUCGGAAACGUUGUCCACAACCUUCUGCUCACAUAUCUGUUGGUCUUAUUCGUGGUUCUGUUUCCGGGACUCAAACAAAGAGGAUUUGUGGACAAGUAUUCGGCGCUUCUCGCGAGUUAUGUCUGCAAACUCAAGAGAAAUUGAAUGUGUUUUAGCUUUUGUUUUACCAUUACUUGGCAUUCAUUUAAGAUCUGAGAAAUGAAAAUAUUGUCCAAAUUGUCAAUAUAAUUGAAGUUAUUGUUUAUAAACAGG